CUCGCUUCUUCUCGCACACUUUCUCCCUCUGCUCGAAAGCCCUGAUUCCUCAUUUCUCCAUUUUUUUAAACUCUAUUUGUUCCCGAUUCUUAGUCAUGGAGUUCUGGGGAGUCGAAGUCAAAGCAGGGAAGCCUGUUAAAGUAGCGCCUGACGAGGAUGCCCUUAUCCACAUCUCUCAGGCAUCUCUUGGUGAGACGAACGGCAAAAAGGGAGGAGAAUCAGUGCCCCUGUUUGUGAAGAUUGGUGACAAGAAACUUGUUCUGGGAACCCUUUCCCAAGAAAACUUCCCCCAGAUCAGUUUCGAUUUGGUAUUUGAGAAAGAAUUUGAACUUUCUCACAACUGGAAGAAUGGGAGCGUCUACUUUAUUGGAUACAAAUCCCCGAACGUUGAUGAACAAGAUGAUGAGGGAUUUUUUUCGGGUUCAGAAGAAUCAGAUGAAGAGGAGAUCCCUGCAGCUAUAACUUUGAAUGGAAAGCCUGGAGUUGCAGUUAAGAAUGAGAAGGCGGAUGCUGCCAAGGCAGAGGCACAGCCAAAGGCCAAGGCUCCAGAAGAGAAAAAGAACGUAAAGCCUGAAUCAGAGGAUGAUGACUCUGACGAAGAUGAUGAAUCUGAUUCUGAGGAAGGAAUGGAUGUUGAUGACUCAGAUGACUCAGAGGAUGAAGAUGAGGACUCUGAGGAUGAAGAUGACGAGACCCCUAAGAAGGUUGAACCAACUAAGAAGAGGGUGAAUGAGUCUGCAUCCAAAACACCAGUCUCAGCUAAGAAGGCGAAGGCAGCAGUCACUCCGCCAAAGACAGGAGAGAAAAAGGGUCCACACACUGCUACACCGCACCCGGCAAAGAAGGGUGGGAAAUCACCUGUAGAUGCAAAACAGAGCCCAAAAUCCUUUGGUCAGAAGUCCUUCGGUUCUGGCAAGAAGCCGUUUAACUCAGGCAACAAGGGAAAGCAGUCGCACUCGCACAACAAGGGAAAGCACAGUGGCAAGUGAGCUGAACUGGUUUUUCAAUAGAAGAUAGUUUCUGUCUGCUUCAAAAUGAGAUAGUUCGUGCUCUUGGAUUUUGUUUUUUUUAUGAAACUUUCGUUUUUAUUUAAUUAAGUUUUCUUGGUGGUCGUAAUGGAAUGGACCUCUGCCACCAUCAUCAACAGGAUCAAAAUUUGUGUUUGUAGAAGAAUGCUGUUUUGGUCGGGGUGAUGAUUAUUAUGUUACAUUCUCUGAUUUCGAUCCAA